UGUAAAUAAUUUAUUGAAACUUGCGUAUUUAUUAAAAUCUUUAUUAUUAUCACGGCACACACGCUAUUCUUAAUUUUCUUCUCGGCGCUGUCCUAUGCCGGGAACUUCGUAUCGCUACUACAUAAAUGAGGUCUAAAUUUCUAAGGUCGCCGACGUCACCCAUGACCGCAGUUGAUCUCACCAUUAACAAUUCAGUUCAUUUCAACACUGGUCUCCCUCCAUUGCGUCCGUCGAUGUCAUCCGCGUCUGUGUCUGUCGAUUCUUCGAUCGAUCAGACGGGAUAUUGGACAUCUUUUGUGCCUGAAACGCAGAACUGCAACUGGGGGUCGCAAAACAAAACAUACAGGUGCCCCGAUUGCGGCAAGGGCCUGUCCCACCGAUACACCCUGGAUCGCCAUCGUAAAACUGUUUGCGGCAAAAUCCGUAACAUCACCGGCAAAUAUAAGUGUAAUUUUUGCAACAAGAGGUAUAAAUCCUUGGGGAGCCUGUCUCGUCAUCACAAAUUCGAAUGUCGCGUGGAUCCCCAAUUUUCCUGCAUCUUCUGUAACAGCAAAUUCACCCAACAAUGCAGCCUGAGCAGACAUCUGAAGAAAAAGCACCCCGAAGAAGUUGCCAACGAUACCGUAGAUGAAUUUGUCAAAGUAGUUCCACAACAAAGCUACAUUAAAAGCAACAAUCUGUAUAAGCGUGAUCGACGAAGGCAGUGAUCCCGAGUAUCGAAAAUAAUGCUCCUACAUUUAUUCUUGCCAAAAAAUCCACAAACCAAGUAGAAGAAGAACAUGAGA